AUGCAUGAAAUAACUAACUCGAUAGACAAUCAAAUUAAUGAUUGGGGUGUUGAAGAAACCGUACAUGAUUUGGUGGCUGAACAAUCUAUAUCUAGUAAUCAGUAUAUUGAGUGUGAAAGCUCUGGUAGACGAAUAGUAGAUAUGAAUUACGUUUUUUAUCAAAUUAAAAAUAGUGAUCACAAAGGGCCAUUUGGUUGUUCAUUUUUAAACAUGACGUUGAUUUCUGAAAAAAAACAUGGAUUAAGAUCAACUUUUAAGUUUAAAUGUGAUGUUUGUAAUAUUAUUAUGUUUAUUGACUCGGAAAAAUCGAAGCCAGAAAAUUAUUUACCAAUUAACGAAGCCGCCGUUAGUGGAUCGAUAUCAGCUGGAAUUGGAUUUACGCAAUUGUCUGAAUUAUGUGCGACAAUGGAUAUUCAAUGUAUGGCGUCAUGUACUUUUAUAUUAGUUCAAUCAUUUAUCACCAAAAGAAUUCACGAUGUCGCAGAAGCACAAAUGAAAAUUGGCGGCGAAGAAGAACGUCGUUUAGCAAUAGAAGCUGGAUCAGUAGAUAUUGACGGAAUUCCUAUGUGCACGGUUGUCGCAGAUGGACAAUGGUCUAAGCGCAGUUACAAGACUAAAUAUGAUGCAUUAUCUGGAGUGGCAUCAAUAAUUGGUUAUAGGUCGAGAAAAAUUUUGUUUGUGGGAAUUAGAAAUCGGUUUUGUGUAAUUUGCCAGAGGGCAAAAAAUAAAAAAUUAAAUCCACCUGAACAUACAUGUUUUUUAAAUUGGAAAAAGAGUGCUACAGGUAUGGAAGCUGAUGCUAUUGCUGAUGGUUUUAAACAGAGUUUAGAAAUGCAUGGUCUAAAAUACAAUAAACUAAUAGGAGAUGGAGACUCAAGCGUUACAAGAAGAUUACAUGACAUAAUGCCUUAUGGCCCUAGGCUACGAGUAAUAAAAAUAGAAUGUCGGAACCAUUUAUUGCGAAAUUAUGGAACAAAAUUAAGAGCUAUGACGUUAAAUAAUAAGUACCCGACUUCGAUAAGAAAUCACUUAAAAUCAAAUAUGAAACGCUUUGGGGCUGCAAUAACUAAGGCAAUUGAAUAUCGCAGUGGUUUACCAGGCCUAACAGAUUACCAAAAGGCAGUAGGACUACGGCAAGACAUAAAUAACAGUUUUCGACACAUUAUGGGUGCCCAUGAUCGAUGUGAGGAAUACUAUUGUAAAAAACCGCGACCAAUUAAUGAAAAAAAUUUGAUCGAAGACACCGAGACUUCAGGGAUUGUGAGCGAUAUAUCCCAAAUAGUAUCUCGUUUAGUCGCAAAUGUUGAUAGUUUACUGAUGAAUGUUGACAACAACGUGUGUGAACAAUUCAACAGUGUAAUUAAUAAACAUUUAGCGGGUAAACGAAUAAAUUAUUCACAAAGAAAUUCGUACAAUGCUCGAGUCGAAGCAGCGGUUAUAUCAUGCAACUCAGGUGGACAAUUUCUUCGGUUGAUGCAUAAAAAUAUAGUCAAUGAUAUAAGUCCAGGAGAAAUCGGAAAAAAAUUCCUUACAUCUAGCAAAAAAAAAAGAUCCCAGCCAAAAUCUAAAAAACAUCUUUUCUCGGGAAAUUCAGAAAGAAGGUGUAAUAGUGGCCCGGAUCAACAUUAUGGUUUAGCUGAACCAUUACCGGAAGACAAUAUUUCAAUAGAAGUAUUAGAAAAAACAAAAGACGAUUUUUUAAAAACACUACAGUUGGACAGACGUGAACGGUUAGCCAUUGAAGAACAAACAAGGGAACAGGCCAAUUCUCAAAUUUGGCAUGUUGAACGUAGAAAUCGGCUCACAGCGUCAAAUUUUGGCUGCGUUUGUAAACUUCGAAAAACUACGUCGUGCAAAAAUACUGUUUAUAGUAUACUAUAUAGGACAUUUUCUUCGAAAGCAACAGAUUAUGGUAAAGCCACAGAAUCACAAGCUAUCGUCGCGUUGGAAAAAAAAUUUAAUUGCACAGUGAAUAAAUGUGGACUUCUUAUUGAUGAACAUUUUCCUUAUUUAGCAGCUUCUCCUGACGGUCUUGUCAAUAAUGAUUUUAUAGUUGAAAUUAAAUGUCCAUAUGCAGUAAAAGACACUAAGACAUUUUUAGAAGCUAUAAAUAGUAAAAAAUUAUCUUUCUGUCGUCUCAGUGAAGACGGGAGAAUGGAAUUAAAAGUGGACCAUAGUUACUAUUACCAAGUUCAGGGACAAAUGCAUAUUUCAAAACGAAAUUCCUGUUAUUUCGUUGUUUAUUCGGCCAAUUGGAUAGAGAUACAAAUUAUUAGUUACGAUGACUCUUUCUGGCGCGAAAAAAUGAUUGAGAAGUUAAAAGUUUUUUAUACAGAAUGCUUACUUCCAGAAAUAGUCAAUCCCCAGUACGGAAAGAGGCUGUUGGUAGAUGACAUUUUAGAUCCUCAACAUAUUUUGGAAAAUAUAAAAACAAAAACGGCAAAAAAAAAAUAG